AUGCGCGUCGAAGAGCGCGCCACUUCCGACGAGCGCGCCUCGCGGCUGGAGGACGUGCGGACCGCCGUCAACGGAGUGGUGGCCUCCGGCUUUGGAGCGGCGUCGCCUCUCGCGUGCGAGGUCUCUCCGGCGCGUGAGCUCGUGCUGACGCUCGAGGCGGCCGCCCAGCACAACAUGGUCCCUCCUCUCGUCUCGCUCCGCCGGCCGUGCCUGCUGUACACGACCAUCCUCCAGCUACAGAAGCGCGCGCCGCUCGUGGCCGAGCGAGGCCUCGGCGGCGGAGAUGCGGCGCUCGAGCGGCAGGCGCUCUUCGGCGCUGCCGAGGCGGUGCGGCUCGCGCGCACUCUCUGCGACAAGCACAUCUCGAGCUCGCGCCGCCGCACGUCCGCCGCCGUCGCCGAAGUCUACGUCGCCCGCCUCUGGCUCUGCCUCGCCCUUCACCGGCGCAGCGCCCACCUCUGGCUUCCGCUUCUUCCUGUGUGCCCCGAGGCCUUCGGGCGCGAUGCCCUCCUCUCCAGGCCCGAGGAGGCCGAGCUGCUCGUCGCGCUGCUGCAGCCGCUCCUGCACGUAGCUUUCUCGCUGCCCGACUCGGCAGCAGCCGCGAGAGGAGAGGCGCCGGAGACGGAGCAGCCGCCGCCGCCAGCCGCCGCCGCCUCGCCGGGCGGCGCGGCGGGCCCGCAGGCGCCUCCGCCACCCGCCUCCAAGGGCGGGCAGCAAGGCGGCAGGCCGGAGGGCGGCAGGCCGGAGGGCGGCAGGCCGGAGGGCGGCAGGCCGGAGGGCGGCAGGCCGGAGGGCGGCUCUGCAGCCAGGCAGGAGCCGGAGGGGGGCGGCGACCUGCUCGGCUCGCUGCUCGGAUUCAUCGCGCACGCGCCCUUCCCGCCCGUCGCCAACGGCGCGGCGGCGGUGGCGAGCGCGCGAGCGGCGGCGGCGGACGCGCGCGCUGCCGCAGACGCGAGGGCGGCGGCGGGCCUCGAGCAGGACGGCUCGCUGUACGGCGAGCUCCCGCUCGUGAUACGACCGAGGCCGGCGGCGGAGCUGGCCGGGUGGCUGGCGGGCGGCAGCUCUGCGGGAGGGGCGAGGCGCGGCCCGCACCACCGCGCCGUGGUGGCCGACGGCAACGGCAACGACGCCUCCUCGGCCGUCUCCUCGGAGCCGGCGCCAGCCGGGUCUGUCCCAGCCCGGCCCGCGCAGCCAGCCUCGCCGGCGCGCUCCCGUGGCGGCGCGUGCAGCGAGGAUUCGGUGCCGUGGAGCCCGCAGGACGACGCAGCCGAGCCCGCCGCCCCCGCCGCGAGGGUGCUCGAGGCGGGCCACCCCGACGCGUUGCUCGCCGAGGUACGGGGCGUGCAGCGGCGACACAUCGAGGCGACAGGCCGAUGCUCGCUCGACGAGCCGCCCGCCGCACUCCUCUCCCCCGGGGCGAGCAUCGGGGGCGGCGACGCGAGCUCUGCGAGCGGCUCCUGCUCGCGCGUCGACCACUUGGCGUCGCACCAGAGCUCGGUCGGCCCGCACCUGCCCGAUAGCUUCCGGCUCGCGGAGGGCGACGCGCGCGCGGCGGCGACCGUCUACGCGCUCGGCUUGCGCCUCUCCCGGCCGCGCCGCCCGAGCCGGAGGCGCGUUCCGGGCACGCACGGCAACUGGGAGGCGACCACGCUGACGCACAUCUUCCGCGCGCUGCGGCUGCCGCGCCCCGCCCAGACGGAGCUUCUCCGCCUCGCGAUCGGCGCGGCAGACGGCGCGCACGCCGACGGCCGCACCUCGCAGCCGGCGCACUGGGCGUCGCAGCUCCGCUCUCCCACGGAGCGGUGGGCCGCGGCGUGGCUGCCGGCGCGCUCGCUGCUGCUCCACGGCGGCUUCGACGCGUACGGCGCUUCUCUCAUCCGCGACGCGGCGGCCGAGCUCGACGUGUCUUGGCGCGACGUGCUCGCCGCCGCCGACGAGCUGCUCGAGUCGUCGCUAGAGUCGCCGACGCGCGGCGGCGGGUCCGACAGCGGCAUGCGGAUCGUGCGGUUUCGCCUGCUCGGCGAGCUCGCGUCCGUCGAUUGGUGGUCGCUCUCGUGGGGUGGGGGAGAGCUCGCCGCCCUCGCCGCCGCGCUCCGCCCGUCGGGCGGCAAGGUCUCGCUGCCGGGCGCGAUCGCGAUGCGGCCGGCGUGGACGGCGAGCACCGCCGCCGCUCGCAGCGCCGGCGCGAUGCUCGCCGCGUUUCUGCGCGCGCGCCGGUGCGGCGAGCGGCCCGUGUGCCUCGUGGGCGUCUCGCUCGGCGCGCGCGUCGCGCUCGCCGCGCUCGAGGAUGGCGAAGGGCACGGCGUUGUGCAGGACGCGCUGCUGCUCGCGGCGCCCGUCACCUCCAACUCCGCGCGGUACGUGGCGGGCAACAGCGCGCUCGGCAGCCUCUACCGCUCCGACCACCUCACUUCAAAGACGUGCUGCGGGCUGCAGCCCGUGGCGGUCAAGGGGGUCGAGGACUACGACGCGACGGCGCACGUCGCGCCCGACUCGGACGCCUACCACUUUGCGAUCCCCGCCGUGCUCGAGGCGGUAUGUUUGCUGCCCGGCGAGAGCGGCGGGCGGUCUGAAAAGUAG